AUGUCUACAAGAAGAGUGCCUCUGUCGAGCAAUCCCAACGCCGUCAACUCGCCUUACCGAGCAUUAACCGCUACUGCUGCUGCUUCGAAGCCAAAACGCUCCCAUGCAACAGUUCAACGCGAAGAUUCAUACGGGGGCCAGCCACCGGCCAAGAAGCAGAUGUUGGAGUCUCAGUUGAGAACUCCUCCACGCCAGCAACCGACGCAGCCUUCAGCUGAAGGUAGACUAUUUACUCGAAAAUCAAAUGCCACCCAGCCAACAGCAUUCGAACGGAAAUGCGUGGCAGCAAGCCAGAAGCCCAGCCAACCGGCGGCGGUUACAAAGGUGGAUAAGGUAUCAGAUGAGGGUUUAGAAUCGAUCAGACAAUGGCAGAAACACAUCAAACGGAUCUUUCCAAAAUUCGUCUUCUACUUUGAGAGUGUUUCUGAGGAGGCUCGUCUCAAGUGUACAAGGCAAGUCAUUGCUCUAGGUGCUCGAGAGGAAAAAUUCUUUUCGAACGCGGUGACCCAUGUGGUAACGACACGAGCGAUACCACCGGAACAUGACCCUAAUUCUGUCCCUCCCUCGAAUACCAAUGAUUCCGAACUGCAAAAUGGUCAACCUCAGACUAUCAACCCUUCCUUGCUCGACCGAACGUCUGAGGUUGCAAAUGCCCAAUCCGACUUGCUUGCUGCGAAAGGAAAAUUUACGUUUGAAGUCCCAUUGAACAGAAGACUUGCACCGCAAGGUCAUGAUGGAGAGAUCAAAAGGCAACGAGGCCGUAAUGCAGAUGUGUUGUACCGUGCAAGAGAAUUGGGCAUGAAGAUAUGGGCACUCGAGAAGUUGCAACGAAUGAUGAACACUAUGUUUGACACGGAUACUGGUUACCAAGCAACCCACGGACACAACACACGAAGCAAUUCGGUAGGAAUCGCGGCGAUACCUCGGACAAGCCGUGAGGCGGACCUGUCUCAGCUGCUUAGAAACGAGCGAUUAAAUGGGCCUUCGGAUCGAGAUCCAACAGUAGCCACGAAGGAAUUGAACAUUUUCAAAGGCCCUUUCAUAUACAUUCAUGAUAUCGAUGAGAAGCAACGACCUAUCAUGGUCCGAGAGUAUGCUAAGGUGGCACACAAAGAAGAUGGCGAUUGGCCACAGUUCCGUAGUGUUGCCAAUGGUAAAUGCCCAUUCGUUGAGGAAGUGGAUUACAGCAGACGAGAGGCAGAGAAAGAGAGGGAGAGACUCCGACUUCAAAGGCAACAAGAGAAAGAGAGGUCUAUGGUCCCAAGGACGCGAGCCGCAGCCGCAAUCGAAGCAGCCGCGAUGCAACCACCAAAAAUUGCUGGCACCAAAAGAGCCUUGGCUGAAGUGGACGAUGGCUCUAAUCGAACUGUUACCGUCUUGAGCAAGCAAUCCAAUCCAUUCGAUACGGCAAGAAAUCCGUUUUCUGCCGAGCCCUCAUCCAGAGGUACACAAAACGCAUUUGUUAGUCGUGCUGCUGCAGGCCGUCUUUUUGGCGGAGAACCAGUUGCUUCGGGGCUCCAGCAAUCAAAUGUCACCUCAGCUAUUCGUUCACAGAUGAUAUCCUCAACAGCAGCCCAACCAGGGGCAAAAGCAGGGACCAGCAAGGAGGUUCACGGCCUGCAGCGGAAGGUCCUGGAGAAGAAUAGCGGCGGCCCUGCUUCCUAUGGCGGGCUUGCCAGCUCUCACCGCAUGACUGACAUCAGUACUGCUGCGAGAGAAGAACUGGCUGCUCGGCCAGAUAAGCGGAAAGAGAGGCUUGAUUUGAUCGAGGAAGAUCCAUCCGAACGCGAGGAGAAUGCUAGAAAGGCCGAAAAUACCCGCAAGGCUAGGGCUGUCCAGCAGAGGAAGCUUGAGAAACGGGAUCCCAAGCCUGGUUAUUGCGAGAAUUGUCAGGAUAAGUUCGAAGAUUUUGAUGAGCACAUUUUAUCUCGAAAACAUCGAAAGUUCGCCGAAAAGCCAGAAAAUUGGCGGGAGCUUGAUGCACUUUUAAACCAACUAGCUCGUCCUCUUCGCGAAGCCCAGGAAGGUUAUUGA